GCUCUGGACUUUUGUCAGCCAACAGCUAGAUAUCCCACCGCCACUGCGGGGAUCUCAGAAUAUGGAUCAUAUACAAAAGACUUGGCUGUGUCCAUUCGACUCUGUCACAACGGAUACUUCUACACCAUUGAUCCGUCUCUCAAUUGUCAUCAUCAUCAUCAUCAUCAAUUGCCAACAUGAAGCUCUCUUCACUAUUUUGGACAGCAUGGGUGCUGGCUUCGUCCGUUUUAGCCGGCACACCGUUCCAGGGCUCAAUCAAUGGCAUGCCUGUCAAUCCCUACUACCCGUUCUGUGCCAUGACUUGCUUGCGAUCCAUCUAUGGCUUGACGUUGUCUUGCUCCACCAUGGAUGCCGGUACUCUUGGGAUGAUGAAGAUGGAAACAACCUCGGCGUGUUGGGCAGAGAACACACCCUAUCUCACUUCACUCGCCUGGUGUAUGAACCAAAAGUGUGCUGAAUACAACAACACCGUCGCGGAGCUCGAAUACUUUUGGGAGACCGAAGCUACUGGCCAAUCCAACGCUGGUCAAACAGGUGUUCCCCCGAAGUGGUCCUACUCCCAAUCGCUCGCAAAUGUCAGUGCCAGUCCUCCAACGACGGUACUUGCUGCAAACGCAACAUGGCUCAAUUCUACCUCCCUUGUCAACCCACUUGUUUAUCUAGAAGAAUACAGCAUCUUGACCAUGGUGCAGCGCGAAACGGCGCAAGAGAACGUCUUUGGUAUUGCGCUACUCGUUGUGGGGUUUGGAUCACCAAUCGUGUUCACCUGGCUUGGAUAUGUUCCACUCAUCUCCUCCCUUUCUAGGAAGCUCAAGCCUUACCUGAUAUGGCCGAGUCUCAUCGGAACGUACUCAGUGCGCCCGCUUCCUUACCUCCUUGGGAAUGUGCCUACCCGUGGCCAAUCGCUUUACAUCGCUCUAUUCUUUAUUCUUAACAUAGUUUUGACUUCGGUCAGAUACGAGUCUCGCCAGCCAAAUGCUUGGUAUGCGAACAGAUGGGACGAGAUCAUGGCCUACGUUAUGUACAGAACCGGAGCGCUGGCAUACAUAUUCGCUCCUCUCAUAUGGCUCUUUGCUGGAAGGAACAACUUUCUUCUCUGGAUAACUAAUUGGUCUCAUUCAACUUUCCUUUUGUUGCACCGCUGGAUUGCCCGGGCUUUCACCCUCCAGGCUAUCCUCCACUCCCUGGUUGCCGUGGUACUCUACCAGCAUGAAGGGUCAUACGAUUCUGAAGUCAAACAAAAGUAUUGGAUUUGGGGCAUCGUUGCUACCCUUUUGGCCGUCAUCCUUACAUUUGGAAGUGGACUUUUUGUUCGUAAAUUUGCAUACGAGUUCUUCUUGAUCCAACAUAUUGUACUCUCUGUCAUUAUCAUUAUCGCAAUGUGGUACCAUGCCAUGGAUCUAUAUGCAUUCCUCGGUGGAUAUCAGGAUUGGUUAAUUGCCAUUUCUGUAGUCUGGAUGUUCGACCGUCUAGGACGCAUUUUGCGAAUCGCUAUGGUUGGAGCCCAACGAGCGAAAGUCACGCAACUCGGCGGCGACUACGUCCGAAUCGACAUUCCAAACGUUCGCUGGGGUAUCGAGCCAGGUAAGCAUGUCUAUGUGUACUUCCCCACGCUCCAUCCACUCCGGCCAUGGGAGAAUCACCCAUUCUCCGUACUACAAACAGCACUAGUGCAGCCGUCUCCUACGCAUAUCGGCUCGGACGCCCAUAGCCAGAGUUCCGCGGAACAUGCAGAUCAGCAUCACGACGUGGAGAAGACUUACCCGGUAGCUCUGACUACCAAGCCCGUUGCGCACACUCGUCCAGAUAUGGGUCUCACGUUGUAUGUUCGCAAAGGGACCGGCGCUACUAAACAGCUUGCUUCGUACGACAACCUCCUCACAUUCAUCGAGGGUCCGUAUCCCAACACCUCUACUGGCGAGGUACUCCGCGCCGACCGCUUGUUGCUGAUCAGUGGUGGUAUCGGCAUCACAGGUCUAUUGCCCUAUGUCAACUACCACUGGAACGUCAAACUAGCCUGGAGCGUCAGGGAAGCUGCCCGCCCUCUAGUCAAUGAUUUAGGCGGCACUUUGAGCUCAAUUUCAGACAAGGACAUUAGGAUUGGAAGCCGAUUCGACAUCAAACAGCUCCUGCAGGAGGAGAUGAAUGCCGGCUGGGCAAGAGUCGGGGUAGUUGUCUGUGGACCUGGUGGACUUUGCGACGAAGUCAGGGCUGCUGUUUCGGCGGCUGCCAGGAACAGCAAGACGGAGUUCGACCUCGAGGUGGAGGCGUAUUCGUGGUAAAGAGCUUAUUUUCUUUGGCUUAGUAUUAUUUUUGAAGGAAGUAUUAUAAAACGUUGAAAACGAUAAUAAUAAAUAAAUUUUUUUUUGGG